AUGCAAAGCCCAAUCGAGACGGCCUGGAGUAUUUCAACGUGGGUUUGCGGGCGGAUGCAAGCAUUUAUGCAGGUCAAAUUGGUAUCGCGCCCACCCCGCAUGGUCCCGCCCACUGUGCGGGAGCGAUCCGAGCCUCUGGGUGUGACUACCGCGGCUAAGCUCCGCAGUCUCCGCGAGCUGUGCCAGAUCCGCGCCGAGCCUCGACUCGUCUCUGAUCAAAAUCUUUGCGAAACAUUUUCCAGCCAUCCAAGCCGUCAAAGCUGGCGGGGCCUGAAGAACGAAGAUAUCAUUGGGGCUGGGCAGCUGCACUCUAUAUUCAGAGAAUCAACCCUCCGUGCUGGCAAAUCGUUGACUGCCCCCGCUGUCUCUACCGGAGGACAAAUUUCUGUCACGAAAGAAGUUACUAAAAGACUCGGGCAUCUGGAACUGGAAUUCUAA